AUGAUAGCUCAAGAAUUAAGAGAUGAAAUCGAAAAACUUACGGGAGCUAAACUUGAAGUUAUUACUGAUGCUAGUUCAGAGACCAAAAACUUGAUUUUAAUUGGCCCAACAAAAUUAUCUCCUCAACCAUCAUCAAAUUUUGCUGAUCCGGAAAUUGAUUUCUUCGAAAUCCGUUUUUCAAAUGGUAAUUUAGCUAUAGUAGGAAAUAGAAGAGGAAUCUCAUCAGGUACAUAUGAAUUAUUAGAAAAAUUUGGUGGUGUUCGUUAUUAUGCAAGCUGGAUGUAUGUUUACCCAAAACCAGGCAUAUUAAAGGUCCCUGAAGAUGUAAAUAUCAUUUCAAGCUCAUCAUUCAUCCAUCGUGAAUUUUAUAAUACAGAUUUUGAGCAAAAUAUUUAUUAUUGCGCAAGAUCUAGAAUGAACACGCCAAACUGUCGUGCUCGGAUUCAUGGAGGACCCACAACUGAAUAUUAUGGGUCUGAAUCAUUUAAGAUGCUUAUGACAUCGGACGAAUAUCCAAAGAGUAAGUAUCCAGAACGUUUUGCAUUGCUUGCGGAUGGAAGAAGAUCCGAUGCUGCCCCUUGCUUAUCGCAUCCAUUAACAUUUCAGAUUUUCAUGAAACGAAUUGAAGCCGAUCUCAACAAUGGAGAAGUGUACUUAAUUGAUGUAAGUCAGUUUGAUACAGGUGAUCACUGUCUUUGCAAAGAUUGUAUGGAUAGAAUGAAAAAAUACGGUGACAGAUAUUCUGGAGUCAACCUUGAGUUCAUUAACAAAAUUGCAACAGCUCUUGAAAAGACACAUCCUAAAGUUCUGAUAAGAACAUUCGCAUGGGACUUUACUCGCAAAGCUCCAAAGAACAUCAAAGCUCAUAAGAACGUAAUUAUCAGGUUUGCUGCAAUCGACAUUGAUUAUGGACAUCCAAUUGAAUCUCCCAUCAACAAUGACUAUUUCACAGAUAUUAAAGAGUGGCAAGAAGUUGCUGAUAAGUUUUAUGUUUGGGAUUACACAACAAACUUUAAUCACAUCAUGGGAUUCCAUCCUAAUUACCAUGUUAUUGCUCCUAAUAUUAAAACAUAUGCAAAGUAUAAUUUCACUGGAUUUUAUUCAGAAGAUUCAAACUGGUUUCAUGUAUUAAAUAAUACUCAUUACAAUAGAUAUCACAAUGAUAUGGAAGAAUACAGAGGAUACAUGACCACAAAAUUAUUAUGGAAUCCUAAUGCAAAUCCUGAUUAUAUUGAAGAUGAAUUUUUGUAUGGUUUUUAUGGUCCAAGUGCUGCUCCUUAUGUUAAACAAAUUCUCAAUGAAACAAAAUCAUUAAUGAUGAAUGAUUAUGCAAAUAAUUGGAUGGGAACUUAUCAUGCUGAAAUACCUAAUUUCAUUCCAGAAGAAUACGCUGAUCACAUGAAAAGGAUUUGGGACAUGGCAAUUAAAGCAAGCGAAGACGAUAAAGAUAUUGAUCCAAGAUUUAAUUUUAAUGCAAAAAUGGGUCAAUUGGCAUCUCUCUAUGUCCAAUAUAUUAGAAAUUCUCAAAGGACAAAAACGCCAACACUUGUUAAUGGAAAAGUAAUGAUUGAAGGAAAUGAUAAACUCGUUAAUGCUGUAAGAACAAUCUUAGGAAGAUGUCCUGGACCAUAUGUCAGGAAUGAAACAUCUCAAGGUGUUUGUGCAAUGACAUAUAGAAUCAGAUGGGAAUUAGAAUUGAGGUAUUUACUCAAUCAAUACGCUUAUGGUGUUGAUGCAGAUAUAAUUAAGAAUUCUGAUAUAACAGCUGUUUCCGCGGGACAAUCUGUUAAUGGCGGAAAAAUUAUUUCUUUGAAGAAGAAGAAUAUGGAAUUCUUGAAUCCUGAAGAAGGUAUUUACUUCCAUUAUUUCACGGAAACAAAAUAUAUUUACAAUCAAGUUUUAUUAUUGGAUUACAAACUCCAAUCUAAAACAUCCACAUCAACAACAUAUAAACUUACCGAAGAUAAUGUUGCCACAACAACAAAGACGUACACGGCUACAAGCACUGGAUUGAACAUUGAUAUUAAUUAUGCCAGAAUGUCUGCUGGAGCUGAAAUGCGUCCAUUGUUUAUGAUCACUUUGAACUUCAGUGAUCCAACAUUUAUUGGUUACAAGAUUGGAAAUAAGGAAUGGAAAUCUCAUCAGCUGAUGAAUAACAUGGAAUUUGAUCAUUGUGGUGGAACAUUAGAUAAAGCAGACAAAGUUAUCAUUAUGGAUCCAGCAACCAAAAAGGGAGUUGAGAUCAAAUGUCCAAACUAUUUCGAAUCAGUUGUUAUCCAUAUGAACAGAACAUCCAAGAAAAUAAGAGUUUCUAUUGUUGGUGAUUAUGUCACACCUUCAAAUACAUAUAAUGUUAAUCAUCGUUUUGUUGUUACUCCAUACGAAACAAUUACAGGUGCUCCUACAUUCCAAAAGGCAGCUGAUACAACAACUCAUGAUUCCAAAGUUAGAUAUGGAUAUGCAAAGGGAGAUAAAUUCAUUUUCCCUGAUUUCAUGAUGAAUUAUCUCAACCAAGGCUUGAGAAGAAGUGUUUCUGAUCCUCAAUCUCCAACUGGAACAAGUGCAAGAUUUGAUCAAGGUGUUGGGAAAAUGAUUUUGUUCUAUGUAGCGCGUGAUAAUCCUUAUUAUAUUUUAUCGCAGGCAAAUUACACAACGUCAAUGCUUUGUAAGUGUGUGGAGCCAAAUCCAUCAAAUCCUUUAGCAGGUUAUUAUGGAUACGUCAGAGAUAUUGAGAUUGAUUAUACUCUUGUAUAUCAAUAUGCAAAGGAUUACACAGAUAAUGCUUAUAAAGAAGUACCUCUUAAAAAUCCAACUCCUAUAUAUUCUGAUACACAUUUCAUCAUAUCAAAUAAAUUUGGCGGAUGCAAGUAUUUGCAUCUCAGUCAAGUAACAAUGACUGUAGUAGAUCCUCCAAAAGAUUAUGUUCCAAGGGAAUGGCCAGAAGAACAUCUUGAAAAAAUGCAACCGCCAAAUAUUACCGAAUACAACCAGACUGAUGAUAAAGAUGAUCAGACAGAUGGAGAUCAAGACCCAAAGAGUAAAAAGUGGGUUCCAGCAGUAAUUGUUGUAGCAGUACUUGUUGUAAUAGCAAUCAUUGCAGUAGCUGUUUUCUUCGUAGUGAAAAAGAAGAAGAAUGAAAGUAAUGAAGGUAGUGAUCCAGCAGAAAGAAAUGAACUAGAUAUGAAUAUAAUGGUUUAG